ACGGGUUAGGUUCUCUUUCUUUCCCAGAUUUGCCUUCCAGAGGGUUCUGGUGGUUGGUUUUUUUCUUUGUCUUGCAGGGAGUUCAAGGGGUUACUGUCAGAUUUGUUUAUAUUCUGGUGUGUGUGCUUUUUUUUUUUUUUCUAGCCCUCAUCUUUGCUUUUGUUGUCCCAGUUUUUCAUUGAUCCUUUUAUCUUGAAUUUGCUGUUCUGUAUUAGAUCUUGAAUCUGUAGUUGAAUUGGUUCUGUUUUAUUACAUUGAUUUGAUUGAGUUUGGUUAUAUUAGUGGUUUUGGUGUUCUUAUUGCUUUUCUCUUUUUUUUUUUUUUUUAGUUUGCUAUUGCAGUUUACUUCUUCGUGCCAAAAAAAUUGUUCUUGCAUAUUCGUUUUUGAUUGUUAUUGGUAUUUUUUUUAUUUAUUGAUUGGCAUAGAAUAGUGACAGGUUCCAGGGGUUAGGUUCUCUUUCUUUCCCAGAUUUGCCUUCCAGAGGGUUCUGGUGGUUGGUUCUUUUCUUUGUCUUGCAGGGAGUUCAAGGGGUUACUGUCAGAUUUGUUUAUAUUCUGGUGUGUGUGCUUUUUUUAUUUUUUUUUUUCUAGUCCUCAUCUUUGCUUUUGUUGUCCCAGUUUUUCAUUGAUCCUUUUAUCUUGAAUUUGCUAUUCUGUAUUUAGUUCUUGAAUUUCUGUUUUAUUACAUUGAUUUGAUUGAUUUGGUGUUUUAGUGGUUUCGGUGUUAUCGCUUUAAUUUUUUUAGUUUGCCAUUUCAGUUUACUUGUUCGUGCAAAUAAAAUUGUUCUUAAAAAUGGCCAGAAUGUUUUCCGCAGAAGAGGCUGCUGCAUACUGCAUGGCAUCCAGCUCAGAGGAGUUUAGCGACUCCGAUUCUGAGUAUGUGCCUCCUAGAUCAGAGAGUGACUCAUCUACUGAGGAGUCAUGGGAUAGUAGUGGCACGGUAAGUGCUCUGGAGGAGCCCAUGGAGGUAGAUGAGGAGGUUGUGCAGGAUGAGGAAGAGGGCAAUAGGGCUGAUGCUGCAGCUGGAGGAGAGCCUGCGUGGGGGCCUCCUGGUAAUUUCCCCCUUGCCAUUCCCCCAUUUACUGCAGUCUCUGGAGUUAAGGUGGACACUGGGAAUUUUCAACCGAUUGAUUUUUUUCAGUUGUUUUUGACAGAGGCCAUCCUACAGGAUAUGGUCCUCUAUACAAAUUUAUACGCUGAGCAAUACCUUGUCCAAAAUCCCCUGCCAAGGUAUGCUCGAGCUCGUGCGUGGCAUCCAACAGAUGUAAAUGAGUUGAAGAGGUUUUUGGGACUCACAUUGGCCAUGGGUCUCAUAAAAGCCAAUUCUUUGGAGUCAUAUUGGGACAGCACUACCGUGUUGUCCAUCCCCAUUUUUUCUGCCACAAUGCCAAGAAACCGGUAUCAGCUACUGCUCCGGUUUCUGCAUUUCAACAACAAUGCCACUGCUGUACCCCCCAAUGAGCCCGGACAUGACAGGCUGCACAAAUUGAGGCCCCUUAUAAAUAGCCUGUCCGAGCGCUUUAGAGAAGUGUAUGCCCCAUCCCAAAACAUUUGUAUAGACGAAUCGCUUCUCCUUUUCAAAGGGCGCAUAAAAUUCCGGCAGUAUAUCCCAAGCAAGCGUGCCCGCUAUGGGAUAAAAUUUUAUAAACUGUGCGAAAGCAGCUCUGGGUACACAAGUUUUUUUUUAAUUUAUGAAGGGAAAGACUCCAUAUUAGAUCCCCCUGGUUGUCCCCUUGACCUGACUGUCAGUGGCAAGAUUGUAUGGGAGCUCAUCUGUCCCCUUCUGGGCCAAGGUUACCACUUAUAUGUGGAUAACUUUUACUCGGGUAUCCCACUGUUUAGAGCCCUAUAUUCAUUGGAUACCCCAGCCUGUGGCACUAUAAAUCGUACCCGUAAAGGACUGCCCAGGGAUCUCCUCGAGAAAAAAUUGAACCGUGGAGAAAUUUAUGCCCUUAGAAAUGAUGAGCUCCUUGCCAUCAAAUAUUUUGACACAAGAAACGUUUUCAUGCUGACAACAAUCCACGAUGAGUCAGUAAUCACAGAACAUAGAGUUGGUAGGCCCCCUAAAAUCAAGCCUCGCUGUUGCAAGGAAUACAGCAAACAUAUGGGUGGUGUUGAUAGAACUGACCAACUCCAGCACUAUUAUAAUGCCACCCGCAAAACAACGGCCUGGUACAAAAAAGUUGGCAUCUACUUGAUCCAAAUGGCCCUCCGAAAUUCAUAUGUUGUAUAUCAGGCAGCAGUACCAGGCCCAAAAUUGACCUAUUAUAAAUACCAGCAGCAGAUACUCCCUGCCCUGUUGUUUUGUGGUACAGAGGAGGCCGGGCCAGAGAUGCCAGCUAUGCCAGCAAGUGACAAUGUGGCCAGGUUGAUAGGAAAGCAUUUCAUAGACACGCUUCCACCCACACCUGGUAAAAAGUUUGCCCAGAAAGCCUGCAAGGUGUGCCGCAAAAGGGGUAUCAGACGAGAUACACGGUACUAUUGCCCAAAGUGCCCUCGCAACCCCGGGUUAUGUUUCAAACCGUGUUUUGAAAUAUACCAUACUGAGCUGCACUACUAAUAAUGAUCUUGUAUGUUGGUGUGUAUUGAUUGGCGUUAUAUUAAGAAUUGGUGUCCCGCUUUGUGCAAAAUUUAUAUUCAGGGCAUUCAUAGCAUUUUAUGUUCUUAAUUUUGUAUUUUCUUUUACCUCAAAUGUCCCUAGGGCUAUAGAUCACACUGGGGGGUGUAGCCAAAUGAGGUGUUCAGUGAUGGACAAGGGCGCCCCAAAAACUUGUGGUGUGUGAUGACUCCAUGAGAUCAUUUCAUCUCACCUGCUGAUGACUUUAUCUCUCUGAUGCCACAAAGACAUUUUUUUUUUUACUGACACCACAUAAGCUCCCUCUGAGUGCAGUUGCUGAGUAUAUUGGUAUUUCGGAUUUUACUAGUAUAUUCGGUUUACCUGGAAUUUUGGUUAGUAUUGGUUUCUGCUUUUUUUUGUAAAGUGAUAUGCACUUCAUAACUUUCUUUGUUCAACUGCCAACCAAAACCCUGUUUUGCCCGUAGUUGGUAACAGUUUGCAUUUCAAAAGUUUAGGCUAAAUGCAAACUGUAGUUUUUCUCUUGAUUAUGGAUAGUAGCAGUACUGUACUAAAUGUAUAACUGAGAUUAUUUGAGAGCAACGGGCCACUUGAUUGCACUGAAAGCUGACCUUGAGUUUUCAGUUCAGAUUCUUUAUUUCUGGGUAAUAUAUAUUUUGUUCUUGUGUAGCCAUUCAUCUUUUUUGCAGAAUUGUGAUUGGCACACCACAUAUUGCCAUGCUGUGUCGGUUUACUGAAGAGUACAGAUCAAACAAAAGGGUCCAAACAUGCUCCACUAAACAGAUAAUGACCAAACCGUUAACCUUUACAAAGAACUAUCCACAAAUCUGCAUGUAGGAAAGCAAGAAUGGGGCCACUGAAUAUCUGCAAGUCUGCACUUUCAAGGAUUAUAUACUUUAUAGGGGUAUUUCACAGGCUAAACCGUAAAAUUCUUCGGAGUGCUGCGCCCGCAAUCCUCCGCGUAUGAAGGAAAGGAUGGCGCCGAUGAAUAGCUGCAUGUGUGCACUUUCUAGGAAUAUAUGGUUUGUGGGGGGUAUUUCACAGGUAAGGGGGUGUUUAGGCUGGGAAACUGUAAGGUGUGCACUUAGAGCGCAGCCCCAAAUUUUCUAGUUGAAAUUGCCUUUGAGUAUUGGCCCUGUUUUGGGGUGUUUGGAGGCCGCGUCUCUAGGUGCACCCCUGCAUGUGUGGUAUCGUUUAGUUCGGGACAAUUUUUUCUUUCUUAUCUGGCUUCAUUGAAAAUUUUUAUUGGAGAUUUUUUUCUCAAAUUGACUUUUUACUUUGUGACUGUGAUAGUGUUUCAGAAAAAAAUAAAAAACUUGAAAAAUAUUGUUGAGUUUUAUGGUGGUUUGUGUGAUGGCGACUACAUUUACAGCAAAAACUACACAACAACUAAAAACCUAAAAGUAUGCGGUUUCUAAAAAUACCUAAUUUAUGGGGGGUUUUCACUUCUUUCGUUAGAUAUACCAUGUUAACCGGGAGAUACACUUAUCUAUUUUGUUUUGAGGUGAAAUUGUACAAAAUGCUGUUUCAUUAUUGGGGUGUCCUGUGGACAAGAAAAGUGGGAUACCAAUAUGUAUUUCGUAUCGUUGGAUUCAGCAGAAUCAGGGUUUUUACAAACAGUAAUUUUUAUCGGCAUAUGUAAGAUAUUUUGGGAAAAAAGACACAAAAUAUAAACCCUUUUUUCUUUAUUUCACUUUUUUUUUACAUAUUUCACUCAAAAUUUUUGUUACAUCUCCAGAAUAAGUAAAAAUUUUUUUUACAGUGUUCAAGCCCAAAUCGUUCUGAAAAAAACAAUAUAUAAUUUGCCAUAUUUCGUGUAGGUUUUCUUGUCAAAAAACCUAACUAAAUGCAAUGAGUUCAAAAUGUCUGAAAACUGCUUGGCAGUAGAUGUUCACUUUUGGAACAAAUCGGCUGGCAGUGAAAGGGUUAAACAAUUUGAACAUGUUUAUCUCCUGUUUGCGCUGGGUUUUGUUUGAUAAAUUGACGCUCAAUGAUUUCGCUACUUUCUGUCGCACAGAUUUUUUUGAGAAGUAUUAAUGGUAAAUUAA